AUGGCUCAUACAACUAUCGGAAGGCCGCCAACAAAAGGUCCUAAAGGAUGCGCCCUUAUUGAAGACCCUUUAAUUGUUAAAAUCGCUCAAAGUCAUGGAGUAAAACCCUCCCAAGUUUGUAUCAGAUUUUUGAUUCAGAAGUCAAAGAAGUACGUAGCAAUACCAAUGUCAAUGAAUCCUGUAAACAUCAAGUACAAUUCGCAGAUUGGCUUUGUUCUUGAUGAUGACGAAAUGAGACAACUUGAAGGCCUAAAUUUUAACUUUAAUUUUGAAAUGCCGAAGAAAAAGAUUGAACAUUAA